CCAUUCCACAAGACAGAGGGAUCUUAGGAAAGGAGCUCCCUACCACACACGUUUCCAAACUUGAGUAAAAGUCCAUCCAUAUCUGAUGAAUAUUCUUUAACACGGUGUUAACGCGUCAACCAUCCUCAGUUCAGUUAUUAGAGGAUCAGUCCUAGGACCUAAACUACAGAGAGAUGAAUCCCGCACCCUAUUUUAAUAAUGUGACAUCCGAGUCCGCACUCAAAAGCCGUUUUCAGGCUGAGAAUGGGACAAGCAUCGCAGAGCUAGAACUUGCCUCUGCUAGUGACUGGGACCGGCCUCAUUUGCUUGCGUGUCGUGUCAUACGGCGGAAGACUCAACCACACUUACUUCCUAUUUUAUCGCAAUAUGUUGGACCAUCUGAGAUUCAGUCUUUUUUGCCUGAAAUCCGCGCAUUUAUAGAAGGACCUGACUUGACCCUCAUGGACCAAAGUGAACAUUAUAUGAUACGAAACUUCAACGGUGGCAUAUCGCUAGCUCAGGUUUGGGCAGCAUUGGCCAUGUUCAAAGGGUGCCAGGAUCGUCACAGAUACGAGGAACAACAUGAAUAUGCGACUGACAAUGAGGGGGCUAUGGAGGAUGAGGAAGAUGGGGCCGGGAAGGAAGAUGGGGAAGAACAUGAAGGUGAAACGGAGGAUGAAGAAAGGCAGUCAAAGCGUCGCAGGAUGAACACAUCACAGCCAGGCUUUAUCGACUCCCAAGGAAUGCGAGUCGGUUCUAGCAGCCCACUGCCGGAAGGCUCUGGCUCCCAAGGAUCCUCUCUCGGCUACGUUGACCCUGAUACACAUCGCCUGGCUAUUAAACCGGAAGGCGACACUUUACGGCUUGUGUCGUGCGUUAUCAGGCAUAUCCUAUACUUUGCCCCUCCUCAAAACCCAGCAUUACUGCCAAUUGUUGUCGAGUUUCGAGACGCCCAAUCCAGGAUGACUGCGACUACAAUCAAUGCACGAUACCAGAUGGUGGCCAUUGACGACGGUGGCCUUUGUCUACGACGGCAAAAGUCAGGCGGGGGAUUCAAACUUGCAAAACGCCAUGUAGCAAUUCUGGAGGCGAAGCCACAGUUCCAAUGGGUAGAGGAUGGCAUACCCACAAUCUCGGAUAGGAGCUUUGCACAGAUGGUCUGUGAGGCUUUGGCAACCAGACUCUCCGACCGGGGCGACAGAUUACUUGAAAGUGUUAUCAUUAUUCAUGCUGCUCAGCUCUACAUCUGUUUUUUACAGAUGGACGUUAGUGACAGUUAUAUACAUACUUUCGACAAUUCUCUACCUACAGAGAACCUAUAUGUCAGCGCAACGCCUUGGUUUGAUCUUGGUCAAAAAAGCGGACGGGAAUCUGUGUUGGCUAACCUUUGUGGAAUCAUGAAUCGGGCGAUAUCUGACGAGGCACUGCUACUAAGCUGAUUGGAAUUAAAGCCAUGCCAUAUAGCUCUCCUCUUCUCGAUAUGCAGCUCUCAGGGUGUUGAAAAAGAUGGCCCGGUGGGAUCUCAAGUCCUUUCGGCCUGAUACGCAAAUCAUGGGUGUAGACCCUCAUACUAGGCCCUGGCCUGCGGAUAGCCGCCAGGCGUUGCGAAGCGCUUUAGUCAGCAUAAUACAAGCAUUAUUCAAAACAUG